AUGGAGGAGCUGGUUCAGCCAAUCGCGUCGCAGGCCCGGCCUCCUUUCGACCAAUGGGGAGCGAGCGGGCGGGCGGAGUGGGCCUUUGCGCUGACCCUCCGUGUGGCGUUGACUGGCGUUGACUCGUUUGACCUCGCGCUACAGCCACUGGUGGACGAGGAAGGGCUUACGGGGGUCGAUCCCACAGUGGGGGUGUUCGCGGAGCGACCUGAUUGGCUGCUGCUCUGGAUCCAAUUGGAGCGCGCCAGCGCACGCAGGAGCGUCCUAGCUGUCAUGAGCAGGGGCGCUUCCUGGAAGGUUCCUCGGGAUGGGGAGGAUGAGGCAAGCUUGGGCUUGCAAGAUCUGUCUGCUUCUGGCCUGCUGUUGACUGCAGUUGACCGCCCUGAAGCCGCGGAAACAGCAGGAAAGGGAAUCGUUGAGUUUCGACCGCCGUCCGUUGCUCUUUGGCUGAUUGAGAUUCUCCGGGCGGCUGUCUCCCGAUGCGGGCGGCUUUCCGGGACUCGCCUGUCUUUUGUCGAGGGGCUCUGCCGCCCGAUUCUCUCGGCGUUUCUGAAAGAGACAGAGCAGAGAGCGGAUGAGAUAGAAGCAGCAGGAGCCCUGGCGAGGGAUGGUGAUUUGGAGGAUAUGGCUGGGUGUGCCAAUGCUGCGAGGUUUGUUGCUCAUGCCCUGGGGACAUGGCAGGAUGAAGGGUUCCUGGUGGAGGCAUGGGAGGAGGGGAGGAGAGAGAGGAGGUCGAGGCAAGCGAGGAGGAAGGUGAGGGAAGUUUCUUCGCAGCAGCAGAGGAAGAAGGAGAAUCAGCAGCAGCAACAGCAGGAGAAGGAGAAGGAGAGAGAGCAGGCGGAGUCUGCGGGAAGGCGAAAGGUGGAAGGGGAGGAUCAGGAGCAAGAGCAGGAGCAGGAGGAGGAAGAGGAGGAAGGAGGAGACGGAUGGGAGCUACUGGAUGUGGAAGAGAAUGAAAGUGAAGCAGAGCAACAACGGCAGCCUCAGCAACACCAGCAACAUCGGCAGGGGGAGAACCAGCAGAAGAACCAACCAGAGCAGCAAGGUGAGCAACAAGCAGAGCAGCACGUGGAGCACGCGGACCCGCAGAUGGGCCGGAUUCAGGACCUACUAGACCAAUUCCAGGGCCCCGGUCCAGACCUCUUCUCCUCUGAAAUUCACCGACUCGCCGCCCUGCACUCCACGCUCGUCGCCAGGCUGGCAACAGCUGUCGCGCGUGGAUUCGUCUCCCGGGCCGCCGAGUACCCGCGCGCCAUUGUGCGCGUCCAGGCCCCUCCCCUCUCCCCUCCCUCUCCUUCUGGCGAUGCACAUACUCCCUCCCUCUCCUCCUCCAUAUCCUCCUCCCUCGCGCUCUCCUCCUCUCUAGUCGAUGCGCUCAUCUUCCUCCGCAUCCGCCUGCUCUCUGCCCGCCACUCACUCGACGCGGCUCUCUUCUCCUCCUUCUGGCGCCACCUCGCUGCCUUCCUGGACAGGUUUCUAGUGGAUAAGGUUGUGUUGGGGCGAGAGGUGAACGUAGGCGUGGGUGUGGGGGCGGGGGGUGCAGACUUGGCUGGAGGGGGAGGGGUUGGAGGAGUUGGAAGGGUGAGCGGAGGUCCAGGUGUUUUUUCAGAUGGGGUGGGCUCGAGGAGUGCGAAGAAGGGUGGUGGUGGGGCGGGGCUUGUGUUGGGCAGCUUGAAAUUUUCGGAGCGGGCAGGGCAGCAGUAUUCGCACGACAUGCAGGUGGUGGUGUCUGUGUUUGAGAUUGCCACCCCCCGCCCGCUCAACUUCUUCAAAAGGACGAGAGACACCGCCCGGCUGAUGGCCAUGACGGAUAGAGACGCCAACGGGUUACUGUUCAUGCUGUCGCUGGUGAGUGGGUCUGGGGGAGCAGCAUCGUCUUCAUCCUCGUUAUUAGCUUCUUCGUCAAAAGCACUGGCGUUGGCCAGUGCAGCUAUAGGGGCUGCUGGGGCAGCUGUUGGUGCGGGUGGUAGGGAUACCAGCAGUGGCAGGGAUUCAGGGGUUGAUAGCCCGGAAGCCAAACAACAGGAGCAGCAGCAGCAGGUGGAAGAGGAGAGGCAACAGAGGGCGGCAGCAGCGUUGAGGCGGAGAGGGAUCUUGCAUUUACAGGCAGGGGAAGUGCAAGCUGUGCUGGAGAGACGUGCUCUGCCAAAAAGUGACAAGACGGGCGCUGCUGAUGCGGCGAACCAGGUAACUGCUAAAGGGGAUGCUAUCGGGGGCCCCGCUGUCGAGGGCGAUACGAACCAAGAUCCCACGGCUGGUUCAAACGGUCCGGAGGAGCAAGGUGUCGGCAAGUCUCCACCUGCCGACGAGGAGUCAGGGAACGGCAAGGGGACAAAAGUUUCGCAACCUCCUUCGCCAAAAGAGUCGCCCGAUGAAUCGCCAGACGAGCCUUCCAGCAGCCAGUCGCAGGAGCCGAAGGAGUCGCAGAAGUCGCAGGAAAGCUCGAAAAAGUCUGCGGCAACGCCUGAAAAGCCGCCCGCUAACGAAGCAGCGCCGAAAACGACGCCGAAACCGGCACCGGAACCCGCGCCGGAACCCGCGCCGGAACCUGCGGCGGAACCACCGCCGCAACCGGCGCCAGAACCAACCCCAGCCGUAGAUGGCAAUUCCAAUCUGGCGGUGGGGGAUGCGGGAGGGGGUUCAGGGGACAACAGCACGGAAGCUUCGUCGAACGAGCAGGGCCCGUAUGACGGAUCGACGGGAGAUAAGGGCGUGCAGGAGUGGAACGGAGGGUCGAAAGAUGACGGAAAAGAUGGCGGAAAAGAUGACGGAAAAGGAGACGGAAGCGAUGGAGGGGCGCAAGGGAAGGGCGGGGCGGAAACCGCCGGGUUCAAGAUGAAAGACGUGAAGCGCGCCAAUUCCGUGAAGCCGCAGAAGAUCGACGGCUGGUUCGCAAUUCACGAUGGUUACAGUGGCGAAGCUUCGGCGCUAAAGUCGGCUGACGUCAUCUUCUAUGGCGACUCGCUCAUAGAGGGAUGGAGCGAGAAGUUUCUGGGAAGGCAGCUGGGACUCUACGCUGGUGUCAGCGCCGUAUUCGAUGCUCUCAAGGCGUCUCUCGGUGCGGGGAGGGAGGUGCGGGCGUUUGGGAUUGCUGGCGACACAACGGACGACCUUAUAUGGAGGCUGGAGAACGGCGAGCGCCCAUCUUCUCUCAGCCUCACUCUGGCAGUGGUCUGCGUGGGCAUUAAUGACGUUUUCGAGUCUGCUACUAACGGAGGCGUGGACGCGCAGGCGAUUGCUAAUAAGAUUGACGAUGUGGUAACCGCAAUUCGCGCAUCACAACCCACAACGAAAGUGCUCGUCCUUGGCCUGUUACCUGAGACCAUUACAUCAGUGACUCUUUCCAGCGCCUACACCUCUCAGCAGCAGGCUACGACGCAUGGGCCAGAUGCAUCGCCCCGCAAGCCCAGGCCAUCCUUGGGGAGAAGCCUGUAG